AUGGCGUCGCGCUCCUCGGCAGCAGCACAGCACUCACCCCACCAGCAACAGCGCAGCAGCACCACCACCACCGCCCCGGUCCUCGAGUACCUCUGCCUCUUCACCCACGACCUCAAGCGCAAGCAGAAGCGAUGGCAGGACGGCAAGCUGCGCUACCACGCCUUCAACGGCAAGGCCGUCGUCCACGACGAGCGCGGCAACCUCGUCGGCGACGCGCACGCGCACGACCCGCCCCGCGAGGGCGACGAGAUGCAGCUCGAGCGCGGCGGCGGCGUGCUGGUGCAGGUCGCGUCCGAGGUCGUCGGCGUGCAGCAGCAGGACCUGAGCGCCGUGGUGGACCGGCGCGUCGCGGAGCGGGAGGAGAGGGCGCGGGCCAAGGUCACGGCCGCGGCGGCGGCUGCGAGGAGCAGCGUCGGCAGGAUGGGGCGGCCGGCGACGGGGCCCGUGGUCGUGCAUACGCCUGUCCGGAGCAGCGAGGCGGACCACAUGCGCCACCGGCCGCUGGCCAGGGUGAUCGGGACGCCGACGGGGCACCACGGCCGGGCGCUGGUGCCGAGCGAGUCGCCGUUUGAGCAGCGGCAUCACCAGCAGCAGCAGCAGCAGCAGCAGAUCAGCAUGAACCACACGGCGGGCGAGGCUGUGACGCCGGCGUCGGUUGCACAGCCGGCGGCCAAGCGCAGGCGGUACGAGGACAGCCCGCCGAGUAAGGCCGGGUACGCGCAGAACCUGUUUGGCGCGAAGCUGAACCUGAGUUCCCAGCCGACGAGCUCGCUGCAGAGCCUACGGGCGGCGGCGUCGCAGAGGCGGAUUGCCGAGAGGGCGGCUAGGGCUGAGCACGAGGAGGAGGAGCGGGAGUUGGAUAAGGGUCCGGCGACGAGGCCGGCAGCCAGGGACUUUGGGCGGCCUGCAUUGGGUGCGAGCAGGUCGCAGGAGAUUGUCGUUAGUGAUGAUGAGGAGGAGGAUGCUGCGCCUGCAAGGGAGGUGUCUCGACAGGAGGCACGGCUUCCUGCGGCUCGACCGACUGUACGGCCUGUUGUCAAUAAGACUCCGAGAAGGAGUGCGGUUGGCCAGAUGGUCAGGCAGAGCAUUGACGCGGCUAUGCAGCAGCGCUCACAUGAGCCGAGCACCUCGCCGGGACAGUCCAUGCAGGGAGAGCGGAGGAAUCCGACAACUGAUAGGCAAGAAUCGCAACGGCCUCGAGCGCCUGACCCGAUACCGCCCGAGAGCGAGAUCAUCGAUAUUGACGCCGAUGAUGAGCCGGUUCCUCAGCCUUCGGUACCUGCUCGUCACGUCCCUGUCGCUCAACAGAGGAAGAGGAAUCAACUGCUCUCUCGGGCUACGAAUCGGGGAAAUGUGUCGAUUGGAGACGUCGAGAACACGUCUCGCACAGCCAAGGAUGCAGCUCCUAUUUCAGUCGAGCCAAAUGCCGGAGAAGACGGCCAGCAGGCGGCACAUGCUCCAGCUAGGGACGGACCUAGGACCGAGCUGCGUAUCAAGUCACGAAAGAAGCGCGGACUGCUGAUGGUCACCGAGAAGAUCGCUCCUCCGAAGCCAGCAUCUGAGAAGCCGAAGGCUCAGCCUGCGGAACGCGAAUCCUCCGAGACCCUUGACGCGGAGAAGUCGGAUCCUUUUGCGUCAUCCCCACCAGGACGGACAGGGGAGAUUGGACUUGACUCUGCCCCGGGUCGCGGAAGCAGGAAUAACAAUACGGCAGAGCCGAUUGGACAUCUUGCCCAGGAAGUCUCAAACUACGAUCAAGAGGGAUUGGACCUUUUGUUCGAUAACGACGAGACACAUUUCCCGGUCGCCGAGGAGCCUGUUGCCUCGCGCGUGCUCAAGGACUGUACGAAUACCAUUCAGUCACGCAAUACAGAUGUUCAGGACAAGAGGAAGCCAACUCCCGAACUAGCGAAACAAUCAUCGAGAUUAGAGGAGGUUACUACAGCACCUACCGCAUUGGACGCCUCACAGGACGCUGGGCUGAAGGAGAAGGGUGCCGAACUGGUGGGAGCUGAGGUACUCUCGGAAGACGAGUCUGAUAAUGUGCAGAUUGUCCGGAAGAGGACCAAGUCCAACACCAAGAAGACACGAAAGGAAGCCACGUCCCCAGUGGUACCGGAUGCUUCAGGUGACGACGAUGAGCCGAUCGUGCCGACAACAACGAAGAGGCUUGCUCAGAGGGCCAGUCGCAACGCUAGGGCAGCCAGUGCUUCAGUCGACCCGUCAUCUGACGAGGAGCCAGUUGUGGCCAGAAAGACGAAUCGACUGAUUCGAAUCGACACUCGCAAGACAGAGUCUGCCGAAACUUCACUGGACCUUUCCUCUGAUGAGGAGAUACGCCCUCGCCAGCGGUCCAAGAGAACAGCCCAACGCCACCGAAAAGAAGAGCCUGUCGUGAUGUCCCCCGAGGAGGAUUAUUCAGACCAAGCUCCGCCUGCGAAGGCGAAAUCAAAGCGUCGCCUGCGGAGCAAAUCUCGCGAUGACGAAGAGCUCGCGGCUCUACGGGACGACGACGACGACGACGAAGCAUCGGAAGACAUGCCUGCUCCGCCGCCCAAGAAGAGGGCGAGGAAGCGCGCCAAGGACAAGAGCGAGCAGGACGAUGAGUCGGCCACGUCGGCCAGAGAGGCCAAGCCGGCGCCGAGGCUAGCUCGCCUGAGCAAGAAGAGCGUCAAGAGUCGGGAGCUGAUCGGGUUCAAUUUCGAUGAGCCCAAGGGGCCGAUGACUUCGCUGAUAGGAGCCGCGAAGACUGUGGUCAGUAUUCAGAGUCGGAAUGCGAGCGACACGUCGGUGGAGAACAACAGGGAAGGAAGUGAUUCUCGUGCUCAGUUGGGUAACGAUAGAGCGUUGUCUGAUGUGCCUGCCGAGCCGGUUACGGCGACUUCGCCAAAGAGGAAGAGCGUCGAGCCUGUAGCCGUCGAGGUGGUCAAGCCUGUUGAGGAGGAGCCCGCUGCUGUGCAGGAAUCUGGUUGCAAACAGGUCUUGGAGAGCGCCCCAGCCACUGCCGCACCCAUCGCUAUUAAGGAGACGAUGGCGAUUGCCAGCAAGAUCAUUGAUGCUUGGGAGUCGCAGCACGGCAAAGCCACGAGUACGACCAUGGUACAGGAGCCAGCGCGGACGGUCAACGGGCUCGUGCUAGAUAGCGCGUCUGCAUCGGGGGCCAGCAUUGCCAAACAGACGGAGCAAACCAACAAAGCAAAUGAGUCAGCCGUGCAAGGCACCACCGAGGCUGUCCCGACGGUCCCUUCGUUGCCUCAAGGAGACAGCACGCUGUCUACAAAGUCGGCGCCGGCAGAGACUACAGCCGCAGAGCCAGACAAGACGGACGAGACCCCGUGCGAACCUCGAGACCGACCACAGCCACAGCCACGGCAACCCCCAGGGCGCCUCUUCCGGCGCCAAGCCUCGGUCGGCAUGCCGCCGCCGGCGCCGGCCGCAGGGUCUGGCGCGCCCCGCAUCGCCAACCCAGCCAGCCGCGGGCGCAAGGCGGCGCUCAAGUCGGACGCCGCAGGCCAGGUGCCGCAGUCGAUCCUGUCGGCCUCGACGCUGUACGGCGGCGCCGGAGGCGUCGGGGGCAGCAUGAUGGCGAUGAUGCAGAUGCAGAUGCAGAUGAUGAACGCCCAAGGCGGACCAGCAGCAGCAGCAGCAGCAGCCGCAGCGGCAACGGCAACGGCAGAAGCGCUGGAGCCGCCUCCGCCCAAGAAGGUCAAGAAGAUGACCUUUCCCGGGUUCCAGCCGGCCGGGGGCAGUGGGCCUUGGAGUAGGGAGGCCUUUGACCUGCUGGAGAUGGGAAGGCCUUUGUAG